ACCAGUGAAUGGCUGUGGUAUUGGUUACUUGCUUUACUGUUGAAGAUAGAAAAUACAAUCUUAAUCCUACUUGGCACUUUGUGGCUAUUAAUUUUGACAAAAAGACAAGCCUAGACACCAACAGCAGGGUACGAGAAUGGCUCACGCAGUCGCGCACCAUGGGCUCUCGGGCGCGGGUGGUAAUUCCCAUGGCAACAGAAGAUCCAAGCAGCACGACCGGAAUUUCGAGGCUGUAUUCGGCAUGAACAAUUCGCGCCGGUCUGGUUCCCGUCCCCAGCUCCGCAGCCACUACUCCGGGAUGGCCAUGGGUGCUUGUUCUCCGGGCGUUUCAUUGUCAUCCGGUACACACAGCGACCAGACUCGUGAAGCAUCGAUGACGUGCACGCAACUGAUUGGUCUACGCGUGGUUUCCAUCCUGUCCGCCAUUACUGGCGUCGCCCUGAUAUUUUUUGGCCUGUUUUUGAUUCCUGGAACCAAGAUUCUUGCAUUGUGUAUUCCUGGAGGGUUCCUGGUAUUCGUAGCUUUGUUGAUAUGGUGCAUUAUGUACGUACGCCACGGAAGAUGCUGUACCAAGAACAGUGACAGCGCGUCCUUGGGUGGACACCCCGUAGAGGGCGCCACCCAGCGGCCUGCUAGGGGGUCAACGGAGGAAGGUCCUGUGAACCUACGCGUGGAUAUACCACCGUCAUCUGACGUCAUGACAUCGUACGGUCCUGAUACGAGAAUCGACCAUCAACAUUCAUACAGUCCACCUCCUAAGUACCACCAAAUGGGCAGGUGUGCAUCUUUUCCCACGAGUGGAGGGAACAUGGGACAACCGCCCUCUACGCCCCCACCGCCAUACAACGAGAUUACAUAAAGUAGCAUGCAACAACCGGCGUUGAACACGUUGAAUGGUUCGGCUCCCAGCUCAGUGGAGAUGGUUUGUUGUGCGCAGCACUGCACCUCAGCAAGAGAGGGCUCACUACAGCCAUCCCGCAAAAUUGAGGUUUUCGUCAAACAGAAUCUAGACACAGCAGUAGAUCGAGAAAGUGAGCGGUUUUUUUCUUCUGCCUCCCAUACCAGCGAACGGACGUUUUGUAUGUAAAGGUGCUUUUUCAAUUGUUCAAAAAAAAAGAAAAAGAUUUUUACCAAAAUCUUAAAUACAGCCUUUAAAGUUGCAUGUGAUAUCUAUGCAAAACGCAAACAAUGGAAGGGGCUCUUCAUCACGUGGAGACGUUUGUUUCGUAUAAUAUAAAAUAUUAUUUAUUAUGAACUAAAAGUAUAAGCUCAUGAAAGUUCAUGAAACCUGCCGUUACAAACCCUAACAUAGUUUAAAUGGCUCGUUAAUCAUUGUUAACAACCGAGUCGUCAUUUUGGCAAAUUUCAACUAGAAUUAUCAAGCAAUACCAUUGUAUUUUUCCGUACAUCUUGUAUUAAAGUGCAGAUUUUGUAGAUAUGCAUGUUGUAUAAAUUAUACACAAAGAAAAUAAUACGCAGUCUCAAUUGUAUAUUUUCAGCAAUUCGUUAUUACAAAUUGUUUCUUCAAAAUUAAUAAAAGAUCUGAAUGUUUUGAUAAUAGACUGCUGACCUGAAGUUGUAACAUAACUGAAAGUCUGCAAAAAUGUAAGCAGUACUAAUAUGUAUAGUAUGUAA